UUGUGGUUUUUAGGUGUUUUUAGGCCGGAGAAUAAAUAAAAAUAGCUUCUUGCUGUCGUUUGGAUUUGGGGAUGUCGAUCGGUUUCUGUCGGGAUAGAUGAGCCGUCAUCUGGUCCUAUCUAGGGUUCUUUUGAUAUCUUGAUCGGGAGGGGUAGUCAAGUAAUGGGAGGCAAAGAGGAUGAGGCCUCCGGUCCGCAAUCUGGCAGCCGGAAAACCUUCUGGAGGUCGGCGUCGUGGUCCUCUUCACGGACCUCUGUGCCGGACAGCUCCAGCUGUUCUACCGAAGAAAAGAAUUCGACCAACGGCCAAUUCCGACGGUGCCCGGCCCCUCCCCUGACUCCCAGAUCCCAGAGCGGCAAGGUUCGGUCCUGCCUUCCCCCUCUCCAGCCCCUCUCCAUAGCCCGCCGUAGCUUCGACGACUGGCCCAACCCCAGCAGCGACGACGUUGGGGAGUGGUCGCAGCCCCCCACUCCUAGUGGGAAGGCCAGCGCCAACAAACCCGGUGAGGGUCUGGAGCUGGAUCUGUCCUUGCUGCGGUCCCAGGUCAAGAAAGAUCAGAUCGCCUUCUUUGAUAAGGAGUGCUCCAAGGUGGCCGACCACAUCUACCUCGGCGGGGACUCCGUCGCUAAGAACCGAGAAAUCCUUCGCCGGAAUGGAAUUACCCAUGUCCUCAACUGUGUUGGAUUCGUUUGCCCGGAGUACUUUAAGUCUGAUCUCGUUUACAAGACCCUCUGGUUGCAGGAUAGCCCGACGGAGGAUAUCACGAGCAUAUUGUAUGAUGUGUUUGAUUACUUUGAGGAUGUCCGGGAGCAGGGCGGGAGGGUGUUGGUCCACUGCUGCCAGGGAGUGUCGCGGUCCACCUCGCUGGUUAUAGCUUACCUUAUGUGGAGGGAAGGGCAGAGCUUUGACGAUGCCUUUGAUUAUGUUAAGGCUGCGAGGGGGAUCGCUAAUCCGAACGUGGGUUUCGCUUGCCAGCUGCUUCAGUGCCAGAAGAGAGUCCAUGCAAUCCCGUUGAGCCCCAAUUCAGUGCUGCGGAUGUACCGAAUGGCACCUCACUCUUCGUAUGAUCCAUUGCACCUAGUACCAAAGAUGUUGAAUGAUCCUUCGCCAGAUGCUUUGGAUUCACGGGGGGCAUUCAUCAUUCACAUCCUCUCGUCGAUUUAUGUGUGGAUUGGUAAGAAUUGCAAGCUAGUAAUGGAAAAGGAUGCAAAAGCUGCGGCUUUUCAGGUGGUAAGGUACGAGAGGGUGCAGGGGCCUAUCAUGAUGAUUGAAGAAGGGGAUGAGCCACGAGAGUUCUGGGAGGCGUUUUCAAGUGCCCCUCCGAAUUCAGACAGUGCCACAAAGAUUAACAAGGAACAGAUUGAAUCAGCAAUCAAGGCUGGCGUUGGUAAGAGGCGAGUGGAAUCAUAUGAUGCAGACUUUGAGCUUUUCUAUAAGGCAAUUACCGGAGGCGUUGUGCCACCAUUCUCUUCUUCGGAACCGGGACGGGAAACCAACCUUCCGGCAAGAGAAAGCAACUGGAGUAUUUUGAGGCGUAAGUUUAUAACAAAAGUUUAUUCAGAUUCUGCAUUGCUGAGGAAUACGGAUCCCCGCAUGAACCGAAUGCAGCUUUUGACUGCGGAGGCGUCUACAUCCCCUCCAUAUCUUUCUCCUAGUGCACUUUCCUCUGACUCGAGUGCUAGUUCAAAGUGUAGUUCAGAGUCACCUUCCAUCUCUCCUUCAACAUUCUUCUCUCACUCGCUUACACCAUCUCCUGCUUCAUCUAACUCGUAUGACCCUUUGCCACCAUCAUCUAGGCCUUCUCGCCAACCCUCAAGCAAUAUGGAACCCUUGAAGCAUUGUUGGGAAUCAGGUUCUCCAUCUAAGGGGCUUGCACGUUCUAUUGCUGAAAGAAGGGGAAGCUUUUCACCUCUGAAAUUGCCAUCACUGAACAAAAAUGAUGCUCCAGUGUUAUCUCGGAAGGUGUUAAAUACAUCAUCUGUAUAUGUUGAAAGGGCAAAUGAAAUCAUAGAUAGGAAUAACAAUAGCUGCAUGUCCAAAGAUGAUGCUUUAGACAGGGAAGGUAAUGUAGGGGAAGUUUCAGAUGUCAAAUGCACCAAUGAAUCUGCUGUUAAUAGUUUAGAAAAUCGGGCAAACACUCAGAAAAAUCAUCCAAAUCAAAACGAUCAAUUGCUGCCUGGUUCAACUGGAAGGGUUGGUGUUAGGUUGAAGAGUCCCAACCCGGCACAUCUCUUAGUGUACCGCUGGCCUAAUAUGGAAGAGCUAGCAACAUUUGCUAGAGAAGAUCUUGAUUCUGAAGCAGUGUUUCUUUUCUUGACUCCUAAUGCUGGUAAAAGUGGAGAGUCAGGUAGGACUUUAUAUUUGUGGAUAGGAAAGGGCUUCGAACAAGCUAAUGAUCGAACUCAAUUAAAGAGCAGCAAAGAUGUAGGAGAAGUCAUUCCAAAUGACUGGCACCGAGUUGGCUGUGAGUUUCUUGGUUUAAUGGGUCUGGAAAAGGACCUUCCGAUUAAGAUGCUGCACAGGGAGGAUUCAUCUGGCAGCACUGUCCAGACUGGUCAAACAAAGAUCUGAUUAGAACAUCUUAGGGUUGUCAAAGAACAGGAAACAGAGAAAUUCCUGGAAUUUCUGAACUAUUGUUAAUUUUAGCUCUGCAACGAAACGUUCCAGGAGCCUAACAGACUUGAUCACUGCUCGGGUUUCUCUUUCCUCACAAUUGUUAUGCAGUGGAGUAUUUUUGACAUUUUGUUCAAAUGGCUGAAAGCCCUCAAGCGUUCGUGAGGUACAAAACAGCUAAGGAGGCUGCCAGAACGUAACAUCUGUGGCUACUUAAGGUUUUGGCACACUUGGAUGUACAUCGUCGGCUCCCAAAGCUCAGUAAGCUCAGAUACUGUAGAGACUGAUUGUUUUUUUUCCUUUUUCUUUCUUUCUUUCUUCUUUUAAUGACUGCUUGUACAUUAUCACAACUGAUUCGAUUUCAUUUUGCUUAAUUUAUUAGCUGAGUUUUCUCCCGUAAUGAAUCAAUCCAUCACUUAUUCCA